AUGAACCAAGACCUAGGAACAUGUUACGAUGACCCCUUUAGAAUUAUAGAUUGUUACAAAAGCGAACAAGCGCUGUUUCUGAAGGGCUUGCGUGAUAAAAUAACCUGUAAUGAAAGGGAAAAGAUUCUUUUAUUUGAAACAGGAUUCACAAAGGACAGGGAUUUCGGUGGAAGUGCAGAAGAAAACUGCAUGAACUUGGAAAUAUUGGCUUUACUGGCAACGUCUCAGAGCCAGGCUAUUAGAGAAGGUGUGAGAGAAUGUGUCCCUCAAAUAUUCGAGCUUAUCAAGUCACAGCCUUUACCUCCCUCCAGUAUCCAUAUUUCUAUGUUCAGGUCUUUUAGAAUAAUUAUAUCCCGAGUGGACCAGACUUCAUUUUAUAGCAAAUACUUGGCCUUUUUCCUGACCGUGAUUGAGAUUAAUCAGCAGUCCUUGUGUCUCAAUGCAAUUAAGAAUGAGGUGCUCGAACUAUUCUAUCAAAUGUUGAAAAUGGACGGAAGAAUCAAAGACAGGUUGAAAAGCAAAAAGAUUGUUAGGAUUUUGUGCAACCAAAAUCUUCAUGGUAUAAAACUUCUCAAUGAAUUGAUCGAUAAGGAUGUAGGGAGAUACAUUAAAAUGGAACGCCUAUUUGAGAGGUUAAACAAUUCUAAUGUAAGGAAUAAGUUGGAAAUACUCUCAUGCUGCGUGAAACUGUACAAACUAAGCCAUGUUGGCGAUCCAAGAAUAAUGGAAAGGAUAUUAUAUGAGCUGGAUGAGCUUGUGCAAUAUAAAAAGGAAUUCCUAGUAUUGAUAGGAUUCUUAGCUCAGAAUGACACCCAAGCACAGCUGUUUUGUAGAGAUAUAGGACUUGUAUCCAAAAUUGUCGAGCGAUUUCAUGGAAUACAGCCAAGCUUGCUGGAACCUGAGCUUUUAUUUUGCUUGUACUCUCUAACAACAGAGUUAGAGGAGAAUAGAAAAAUUAUCGCUAAAAGCAGCAUAAUUCCUAGUGUCUUUGGAUCAUUCAAGCAGAAGGUAAACAGAAAACAGAUAGAUCUUACUUUUUUCAUGACUGUGAUGUUACUAAAAAGCAUGACUAAAAGCAUUACGUUCCUUAGAUCGGAUCUCUUGGACUAUCCUGCUGUAGAGUUACUAAUAUCUGUUUUGGACAAUAAGUUCCCAGAUACCGUGGAUGGAAUUGACCAAAUGGUGGAUGAGAAGGAUUUGCAACCAGGGUUCAUUGAAAAAAACAUUCUAGAUGUAUUAAUCAAUUUAGUUAUGGAGUAUGGCGACUACAAAAAUAAGUUCAUAGCAUCUGGAGGUGUCGAGAAGAUCCUAAGCUACACACUCAGGUUUCCACAUGUGGUUUUACAGAUUUUCAAGAACUUUCUUUAUGACACUGGCUUCAACUCAAGAGAAGUUUUUAUUAAAGCAACAGAUAGAGGAUUCUUCAAUAAGUUCCUCAAUAUGUAUGAGGAGAGUAGGGAUAUGGAAAUAUUAGAGGGGUGCUUUAAUCUGAUGAGGAACCUUUUGUGUGAUGACACCCUUGACUACAUUGUGCAAAGCUAUGAAGGCAUGGUUGAUUCGAUAUUUCUUUAUUUGGAUAAGUUUGCCAAUGGAAUGCCUAUUUCGGAAAACACCAAAGAGGAGUGUGUUGUGCUACAGAUAUUGUACACUAUAGUUAAUUUAAGUGCCAGUUCGGACAAAUUCAAAAGCUUAGUACUGAUCAAAAAACACUUGGAUAAUAUGAAAAAAGUAAGCACCACAAGAAGCCUUUCCAUCGCAUUCAUAUGGAUUAUAAUAAACCUGUCAUGGAAAGAGGAGGGGUCGGAAGACAGGGUUCAAAUCCUAUGCGCCAAUGGCAUAAAGGAAUGGCUGGUUCGGAUACAAGCGAAGGACUCUGUAUUAGCAGACAAGAUAGGAACUGCAUUGGAAAACUUGAGAUUAGUAUAA